AAAAAAGUCAUCAACUGACUCCCUCAAAAAAGCAAGCGACAAAUCAUAUUCAUCGUUUAAAAACCUUUCAAUAUGCCUGCUCCUCCCGUGCUAGCUAACCCGCAGCUCUCUGAUCCCCAACCGCAACAUUAUAGUCAGCAACCGCACACUCCUACUCGCACCAACGUCCUUCAGCUUCCACAAAUAACCAAAGAAUUGGCUUCGCUGGAACGCUCCGUGGCGGAGGCCAAAGCGGCAUCUCUAAAAGAAGAGCGGACGUUGGUGGACGCCCAACGUCUUGCUAUCCAGGAAAUAGAGCGUACUGCUCAGGAGGAGGAACAAUUUCUAGAAGGUGUGGAACUGGAGCGAGGUGAAGAGGAGCAGGAAGUUUUAUUGCACGGUGCAGUGGAUGAGUUGAUGCGGCAUGGAGUGACCGACGUAGCCGGACGACUACCAAUGGGAUUAGGACAAAUGAACCAGAACAAGGUGGACGACGCUGGUAAACAGGCAUGGCAACAGCAAACGUCGCAGAUGUACCGUACUUCUGGCCAUCUCCCACAGCGCUUUGAAAAGCCUGCCCUCUGGCGAUACGAAAUACAACGGUCACAUCCCCUGUAUACCACGACAGCCGGCGAUUACGGCAAAUUUCAUCCUACCGUUCAUGAAAUGCCGACAGCGUUUCAUGGCCAAUCAUCGAAAUUUUCAAAGCAUUUAAAUCAAGCAGGUCCUUACCGCAAUUGCUCCCUCAACAUCAAAUAAACAAACAUGUAUUCGGCAUUUAAUAGAAUAAAGAAAGAAAGACUUCACAGCUCAAUACAUACAUAAAAGCUCGCUACUAUUUACAAAC